GUUCGGGUCUACGGCCAAAGAUUCCCUCAAUAUCACGCUCCAACGGCUGCAAGGGUUAAUUCCUGGGAGCCCUAGCCUCCUCUCUCUCUCUCUCUCAGCCACCGCCCCGCCCCCUCGCUAAAACCCUAAAAACCCUGAAAAAAACAAGAUUUUUACGUGAAUAAAAGAAGAAGGAGAAUGGGGAUUCCCGCUUUCUAUCGUUGGCUCGUGGAUAGAUACCCCCUCUCGGUCGUGCCGGUUGUAGAAGAAUUUCCCAAGGUCAUCAAUGGCGUCCUAGUCCCUAUAGAUAGCAGCAGGCCGAACCCUAAUGGCGUGGAGUUCGAUAACCUCUAUCUCGACAUGAACGGUAUCAUCCAUCCUUGUUUCCAUCCGGAAGACCAGCCUGCUCCUAAUUCGUAUGAAGAGGUGUACAAGGCGGUGUUUAAGUACAUAGAUCACAUCUUUUCCUUGAUUCGGCCUCGGAAGCUUCUUUACAUGGCAAUCGAUGGGGUUGCGCCGCGAGCAAAGAUGAAUCAGCAACGAGCAAGGAGAUUUAGAUCUGCUAAAGAUCUGGCUGAUGCUGCGGCAGAAAUAGAGAAGCUAAGAGAUGAGAUGGGGUCAGAUAGUGAAAAAUUAACGCAAUCAGAGAACGCUAGCACACUGGAUUCAAAUGUCAUAACACCUGGAACUGAGUUCAUGGCCUCUUUGUCAGUGGCCCUUCGGUACUACAUUCACUUAAGAUUGAACAAUGAUCCUGGAUGGCGGGGCAUCAAGGUCAUCCUAUCUGAUGCUAAUGUGCCGGGUGAAGGGGAGCACAAGAUAGCGGCAUAUAUCCGGGCACAGAGGAACCUGCCUGGAUUUGACCCUAACACAAGACAUUGCUUGUAUGGGUUGGAUGCUGACUUGAUCAUGCUUGCACUGGCAACACAUGAAUUACAUUUCUCUAUUCUUAGAGAGGAUGUUCGUGUGGCACGCAAUCGUGAAAAAGCUAAAAAAUUUGGCAAGGAUAUUAUACUUUCAGGUAAGGAAGAGAGGAAGGAGUUGAAUCGGGAUGUUAAUGAUGACAUGCCAAUAAAAAAAUUCCAGUUCCUCAACAUUUGGGUUUUGAGAGAAUACUUGGCGCACGACUUGAGAAUAUCUGAUGCACCACUGAAGAUGGAUCUGGAGCGCUUUAUUGAUGAUUUUGUCUUCAUUUGUUUGUUUGUUGGAAACGAUUUUCUUCCCCAUGUUCCAUCACUGGAAAUUUCUGAGGGUGCAAUUGAUCUGCUAAUGACGGUGUAUAAAAAGGAGUUUGCUAGGAUGGGUGGUUAUUUGACCAACUCUUUUAAGGUUGAUUUGGAACGCGUUGAGCACUUCUUACAAAAAGUUGGGCCUCAUGAAAGUGCCAUCUUCAGAAGACGUAGCCAGGUACAGAAGGAAAGAGAGAUUCAGUUUGGGGUAAUUUCAACUAUGAUGGGGAUUGAACAGAACAAAGCAUCUAGCUGGACUAGAAAUCUUCAAAAAUCCACAAAAUUCUUCAGUAAAAACCUAUUAAAUAGUAAAAAAUCUGAUUUGGUAAUUCAUGAUCAGGUAAAGUUGGGAGAAGAAGGGUGGAAGGAAAGGUACUAUGCAGAGAAGUUUGAAGUCAAGACUGAUGACAGCCGUGAGAAACUUAAAAAACAUUCGGUCUUGAAAUAUGUUGAAGGGAUCUGCUGGGUCAUGCACUAUUACUACCAAGGAGUCUGCUCCUGGCAAUGGUUUUAUCCAUAUCAUUAUGCUCCGUUUGCUUCAGAUUUUCUUGAUUUGAAACACUUGGAAAUUCGUUUCACACUUGGGGUUCCAUUCAAGCCAUUUGACCAAUUAAUGGGUGUACUGCCUGCAGCAAGUGCACACGCACUGCCAUUGUCUUACAGGAAUUUGAUGACUGAUCCAUCUUCAGCCAUAAUUGAUUUUUAUCCUGAAGAUUUUGAGCUUGAUUUGAAUGGCAAGCGUUUCUCCUGGCAGGCUAUCUGUAAACUACCAUUUGUUCAGGAAUCCCGCCUUCUUGCAGAACUCAAAAAAGUGGAACAUACCUUAACAGAUGAAGAGAAGCAAAGGAACAGCUGGACAUUGGAUAUGCUAUUUGUUCACAUUUCACAUCCGCUAGCGUCAACAAUUAUUUCUAUUUACAGGCGUAAAAAAGAUCAUCCAAAAUUAUCCAAGGCCAAACUCAAAAGAAAAAUUGAUCCAGAAAUCAGCGGUGGAAUGAAUGGAGACAUGUACAUUUCUGAUAAAUCUGUUCACGCAUUUGAAAUCUAUUCACCUCUUGGGGGCAUGGAGACCAUAACCAAGAAUAAAACACUAUUUGUGUACUACAAGGUCCCACCAGUCCAGGAACACAUCCCCAGAUUGCCAGGAGGAGUGAUCUUACCUAAAAAGUCAAUUACCAAGCAAGAUAUGCAACCAGCCCCAGUAUUGUGGCAUGAGGUAACUGCAUUACGCCGACGCAUCUAUUCUGAAAGACUUAUUUCUAAUUCCAUAGCUGGCCCUCACUUGUCAAAAAUGGCUCGCCGACUUGUAUCAAAUUAUUAUCAUGAACAGAAGCAACAAAGUGAUGCUCAUGUACUUGAUGACCAUGCUAUGGGUGAUUCAUGUCACAGGAAAAAGAGGAUCGUAGAACACAAGAUUAACCAUGACACAAACAGCAAGCACAACAUCCUAGGGAAAAGGAAACGAGGGGGUCGCAACAACAGGAAUAAAAGGAUUUUAGAGCAGAACUGUGAAGUCAGCAUCAAUAAUAGCAACCUAGGGAAAAGGAAACGCAGAGAUCGUGGCCGCAGGAAAAAGAAGAUCGCAGAACGAGAGAACUCUGAGAACCAUGAGCACGAAAGCAACAACAGCAGAAGGAAAUGCAAAGAGAACAGCCACAGGAAGACGACGACUGCAGAAGAGAAACAACAUGGAGGUAGCAGUAAUGCUAGCAACAUAAAAGAAAACACAGCAGUAGCAAAGUCAUGAGGGCAGAGAAGCAAAUACAGCAAGGGGCAAGCGCUCUUUUUUGAGGUGUUCUUUUCAGUUGUUUUAUUAGUUGGUAAUUGGUUUUUAGUUGAGGAGUUGGAGUGAAUGCUGGUCUUCUGGUGGCCAUUUACCUGAGUCUGCUGUACUGGACUUUGUAGUUGUAACAAAUGUAAUAGAUUAUGAAGGGUAGAUAACUAUAUAUGCAUCGUACUCAAUUCGAUUAUACAUAAAAUAUUCAAGCUAUCUUUGGAAAGAA